AUGGUCUCGUUCAGCAACCCCGAGGCCAUUGCAACAGUUUAUCCAAUAAGACCUGGCUUCCCCAAAAGCAACUUCUAUGCCACAUUACGACCAUACACCCGGGAGCGCGGCUCUAUGCUGGCGGUCUUCAACACGAUAGAUGAACAGGUACACAAGCACAUUAAAAGCCCCAUCGCGCCGCUUUUUUCUCUCUCCAAUGUCGUCAAUUUCGAAGGACUGGUCGAGGAAGUGCUGUUAUGUCUAUCUGAGCAGCUUAACCGGCGUUUUGUGGCUACCGGUGAGACAUUUGAUUUUGGUGAUUGGCUACAAUAUUUCGCAUUUGACGUGAUGGGAACAAUGUCCUUCUCUCAAAGAUACGGGUUUCUUGAGCAAGGCUACGACGUUGGAGGAAUGCUUGAUGCUAUCUUUGGCUUCUUUAAGACUGCAGCGCCGAUGACCCAAAUUACCUGGCUCGACCCUUGGAUCUACAAGAAUCAAUUACUCCACAAGAUCCGACGAACGCCUGGCAUGACGAUCCUGGGAUUUGUCAGUAAAGCUAUUCGCGAGCGAUCAAGCGAGACAGCGGAUGCCAAAGAUGGCGCUAGUGCCAACCCCGAAAAGAAGGACUUUCUGGCCCGCUUCCUCGAAAUUCACAGAGCCAACUCCAAUUUACCGCCAUGGGCUUCAACUGCGUGGACAUUUUCAAAUGUCAUUGCUGGCUCGGAUUCGACCGGUACAUUGAUGCGGAAUGUUAUGUGUGAGUAUCCUACAGCUUCAGGGGUUUGGCAGCAUGAAUUCUCUGAGCCAUAG